GUCCCCGCCGGCUCUGCGCUCCCGCCCCCCGCCCGCGCGGGGCUGGGCGGGGCCGGCGCUGGUUAGCUCCGGAGUGUGAAACCGCGUGUUAAUGUAACCGGCGCGAGAGGCGCGGGCGGCGGCGGCGGCUGCAGAACAGCAGCAGCGGCGGGUACCCUGUGCCCCGCGUCCCUGAGGCGGCCGACUGCGCCACCCCCACUCUCUCACGGCCGGGCGGGACCCGCGCCACCAUCCCGGACCUCCGCCGGCCGGUGGCGACCUAACCCCCGCCGCGACUACUCCCGACCCGCCCGCGGAGUUUGCCCGCCGGGUAGGGAGGCCGAGCUUCGGAGCGCACUCCUGCUUUCUUCCCCCAUCAUCUCGUGGAUGUCGCCCCCCCGGGUCGUGAGAGAACUUUGCAGCGGGCUGGAGCGCCCUUUGCGGAGCAGCAGACGAAGGGAAGGAAGGAAAGAGGGCCGAGGAAGGGGCUCGGAGGAAGAGUCCAGAGCGGCCGGGCCGGCCGUGCGGGGCGAGUGCGCGCGGGGCGCGGCGCCCUGAUGCGCCCCGGGAUCGAGGAGCAGCGGGCGGCUGCGGGACUACCCUCCGUGGAGUAGCCCCGCCGGGCCAGGAGGGUUUGUGCAACCGGGGAGAACACCGAGUGUUGGUCGCACGGGGCGUGCCGAGCCGCCUCCCGGCGCGCCCUCCGCACUUUCCCCGCCUCAUCGUCAUCCCGCGCUCCUCCGCCCGGGCUGAGGCUUCGGAGCGCCGGGCGCGGAGCCUCUGCCGCUCCCCGGAGCCCGCGAGCGCCCGGCUGAAGGCGCUGCCCGGACCCGCAGCGGUCGGUCCUUAACGUCGCCAGGUUUGUUUGUGUGGUGUUAGCCGGGGGCGCCGGGCCACCUGCACCUCACCCGCGGUCGGCGCCGCGGGGAAAACCCGGAGAGGAGGCGGACCGGGGGAAGAGCGAAGAAAAGCAGUCCGCUUGGAUUUGUUUGCCCCGGAAGAGUGCCGCGCACGCGGAUCGCCGAGAGGAGCGCGGCCAGAAUCACCGCGCCCUCACCUCCCCGCCGGGGCGGCCGAGGCCCGCGGGUUGGAUCGCAGCCCCCGCGCCCUUUUCUUGGGGGCCGGCGUCACCGCGCAGGUUCUUGGUGCAGCCGGGCCUGGGGCGCCCCGAAAUGUGGCCCUGAGCGAGGGAACCCGCAGCGGCGGGAGCAGGAGCAGCCGGGCGCCAAGUGACCGGUGCGCCCCGCCGAGCGCGCCUGCGUGCGUGGCCAGCGCGCUCCCCGCGCUCCUCGUUUCUGCCUGGCUUCUCGGCUAAAUUUUCCUCGGCAGGAUUAAAGUUGGAAAUUGAGCGGAGAAUCGAGUUGUCCGGAAACAGAGCUGCGGCCGCCGCCAGAGCGAUGUUCCCGCAGAGCCGGCACCCGACGCCGCACCAGGCUGCAGGCCAGCCCUUCAAGUUCACUAUCCCGGAGUCCCUGGACCGGAUUAAAGAGGAAUUCCAGUUUCUGCAGGCCCAGUAUCACAGCCUUAAAUUGGAAUGUGAGAAACUGGCAAGUGAAAAGACAGAAAUGCAGAGGCACUAUGUGAUGUAUUAUGAAAUGUCUUAUGGAUUAAACAUAGAAAUGCAUAAACAGACUGAAAUCGCCAAGAGAUUGAAUACAAUUUGUGCACAAGUCAUUCCAUUUCUGUCUCAGGAACAUCAACAACAGGUGGCCCAGGCCGUCGAGCGUGCCAAACAGGUGACCAUGGCAGAGUUGAAUGCCAUCAUCGGGGUACGUGGCCUUCCAGGUCUACCUCCUACACAGCAGCAGUUGCAAGCUCAGCAUCUUUCUCACGGCCAUGGACCCCCAGUGCCCCUAACGCCUCACCCCUCGGGACUUCAGCCUCCUGGCAUCCCGCCCCUCGGGGGCAGUGCUGGCCUCCUGGCACUGUCUAGUGCUCUGAGUGGGCAGUCUCACUUGGCAAUAAAAGAUGACAAGAAGCACCAUGAUGCAGAGCACCACAGAGACAGAGAACCGGGCACAAGUAAUUCCCUCUUGGUCCCAGACAGUCUAAGGGGCACAGAUAAACGCAGAAAUGGGCCUGAAUUUUCCAAUGACAUCAAAAAAAGAAAGGUGGAUGACAAGGACUCCAGCCACUAUGACAGCGAUGGUGACAAAAGCGAUGACAACUUAGUUGUGGAUGUGUCUAACGAGGACCCUUCUUCUCCGCGAGCAAGCCCUGCCCAUUCACCCAGGGAAAACGGGAUCGACAAAAACCGUCUGCUGAAGAAAGAUGCUUCUAGCAGCCCAGCAUCCACAGCCUCCUCGGGAAGCUCCACUUCUUUGAAAUCCAAAGAAAUGAGCUUGCAUGAAAAAGCCAGCACGCCUGUUCUGAAAUCCAGCACACCGACGCCUCGGAGCGACAUGCCAACGCCGGGCACCAGCGCCACUCCAGGACUCCGUCCAGGCCUCGGCAAGCCUCCAGCCAUGGACCCCCUCGUUAACCAAGCCGCGGCCGGCCUGAGGACGCCGCUGGCGGUGCCCGGCCCGUACCCUGCCCCGUUCGGGAUGGUGCCCCACGCCGGCAUGAACGGGGAGCUGACCAGCCCCGGCGCUGCCUACGCCAGCCUGCACAACAUGUCCCCGCAGAUGAGCGCGGCCGCCGCCGCCGCCGCCGUGGUGGCCUACGGGCGCUCCCCGAUGGUUGGGUUUGAUCCUCCCCCUCACAUGAGAGUACCUACAAUCCCUCCCAACCUGGCAGGAAUCCCUGGGGGGAAACCUGCAUACUCCUUCCACGUCACCGCGGACGGUCAGAUGCAGCCCGUCCCUUUCCCCCCCGACGCCCUCAUCGGACCCGGCAUCCCCCGCCACGCGCGCCAGAUCAACACCCUGAACCACGGGGAGGUGGUGUGCGCGGUGACCAUCAGCAACCCCACGAGACACGUGUACACGGGCGGGAAGGGCUGCGUCAAGGUCUGGGACAUCAGCCACCCCGGCAACAAGAGCCCCGUGUCUCAGCUCGACUGUCUGAACAGAGAUAACUACAUCCGUUCCUGCAAAUUGCUCCCUGAUGGUUGCACCCUCAUUGUGGGAGGGGAAGCCAGCACUCUGUCCAUCUGGGACCUGGCGGCUCCGACCCCGCGCAUCAAGGCGGAGCUGACGUCCUCGGCCCCUGCGUGCUACGCCCUGGCCAUCAGCCCCGACUCCAAGGUCUGCUUCUCGUGCUGCAGUGACGGCAACAUCGCGGUCUGGGACCUGCACAACCAGACGCUGGUGAGGCAAUUCCAGGGCCACACAGAUGGGGCCAGCUGUAUUGACAUUUCUAAUGAUGGCACCAAGCUCUGGACGGGCGGCCUGGACAACACGGUCAGGUCCUGGGACCUGCGCGAAGGGCGGCAGCUACAGCAGCAUGACUUCACCUCACAGAUAUUCUCCCUUGGAUACUGCCCAACUGGGGAGUGGCUGGCCGUGGGCAUGGAGAGUAGCAAUGUGGAAGUUCUUCACGUAAACAAACCCGACAAGUACCAGCUGCAUCUCCAUGAGAGCUGUGUGCUGUCCCUCAAAUUUGCUUAUUGUGGUAAAUGGUUUGUGAGUACUGGCAAAGACAACCUCCUCAAUGCUUGGCGGACCCCCUACGGAGCUAGUAUAUUCCAGUCCAAAGAGUCCUCGUCCGUGCUUAGCUGUGACAUCUCUGUGGAUGAUAAGUACAUAGUCACUGGCUCAGGGGACAAGAAGGCUACAGUCUACGAAGUCAUCUACUGAAAACAUUAUGUGGUUUCACAUUUAUAGUUGAAUUGGGCCAAAAUGUUUUGAAUUUGUAGAAAUAGAAAAGUUGUAAUUUUAAAAGGAAAAAAAAAAAACAACGUGAAAACCUAUUUCCAAACUUUGACACAAAACUACUUUGAGUCUAUAAAGAGGAGGCGACGAGUCCAUCAACUGAAGGUCACCUAUCUACCUAGACCAAAUGGAGCACCGAAGCAAAGUGGGCAGAGGGGCCAAGGGGUAGGCAGAGCCUGUUUUGUUUUUUUUUCUUUCUGUGUGAUCUGCCGAGAUUACCUUUCUGUUCCUUGCAGUUCCCCUCAAUGUUCUGUGCUUGGUAGAGCAGUGGUGUCUCCAAUGAACUUGUUUCUUGGUUUUGCAUCUUGUGAAAUGUUUUUUUGUAUUUUUGUUGAAGGUUAAACAUUUGUAUAAAUUGUAAAUAUAUUUGGUUUAUUACAGUAAAGGCUUUAGUACCAAUAA